AUGCUGGAUUUAUCCCCACUGCUGCUGCUGCUGUUGCUGCUGCUGUUUCUCAGGGGCUGCCAGAGCAUGGACUAUUAAAAACUUGCGUUUCUGCCGUGUGAGGUAACCAUUUGCUUUAUGUUCUCGUCAGAUAACAUUCUGACACCAUGGGAAAACAAAACAGCAAACUACGCCCUGAAGUCAUGCAAGAUUUGCUAGAAAGUACAGACUUUACAGAACAUGAGAUCCAGGAAUGGUACAAAGGCUUCUUGAGAGACUGCCCAAGUGGACACUUAUCUAUGGAGGAGUUUAAAAAAAUAUAUGGGAACUUUUUCCCUUAUGGGGACGCUUCUAAAUUCGCGGAACACGUAUUCCGCACUUUUGACGCUAAUGGAGAUGGAACAAUAGACUUCAGAGAAUUCAUCAUAGCCCUGAGCGUAACAUCGAGAGGUAAACUAGAGCAAAAGCUGAAGUGGGCUUUCAGCAUGUAUGACCUUGAUGGGAAUGGCUACAUCAGUAAAUCAGAGAUGUUGGAAAUUGUGCAGGCAAUCUAUAAGAUGGUUUCUUCUGUAAUGAAGAUGCCGGAAGAUGAGUCGACACCAGAGAAAAGAACGGAGAAGAUCUUCCGCCAGAUGGACACCAACCGUGACGGAAAGCUCUCGCUGGAGGAGUUCAUCCGAGGGGCCAAGAGCGACCCGUCCAUCGUCCGCCUCCUGCAGUGCGAUCCCAGCAGCGCAGGGCAAUUCUGAACCCCUCCUCUGGAUGAAUUAUGUAUCUGCUUUUUUUUUUUCCUUGCCAAACAACAUUCAUGGUAGUGUUGCCUCUGUAUGGCCAAUUAUGCCUUCUUUUGUGGCAUCUUAUAGCUUCUUUUGUUGUGGAUUAAUUAUAAGAAUGCUGAAUUGCUCUUAACGAUUUGUCCAGAGCAUGGGCAGUACUGUUUUAAACAGAUAUUGUGGUGUUAUCAUUGUUUUAAAGAUUUUAUUUUGUCUUUCUUUUAACAUGUCUGUUUUGGAAAGUAUACAAUGAGAAGGAAAAGAUAAAACAACAAAACCCUUGACAGCAAAACAUAUUGACAGAUUUUAGAUUGCUGCUUUAGUUGCUGAAUAGUCACCUGCAGGACCUGAAAGUGUAGUAGAGAUUGAAGCAAAGGGGUUACGGCAGGGGUAGAGUUCGUCCGCACCUCUGUUUCCCACCCAGAAGGCGCCAGUUAAGCUCAAAGACAGUAUCGUGAAGAAGUACACAUGUGCAAAGCUGGUGAGGACUGUAUUACCCGCACCUCUGCACCUAAGCCUCGUUGUUUCAAUGCUGUGAAGGUUUUCAAGGUUGUGAAGGAGAAGGAGAAAACAAAGAUCAAUGGUCUUACUAGGUUUACAAUGCUUGAUUUCACGUGGCUUUAUCGGAAAAUUCAGCAAUUUGCAAUCCUGAUCCCCAAAAUCCACAACAGACAGUACCUCUUGCCACUUGGGAUCAGCAAAGACAGACACAGAUAUUGAAACUGGGUCUUGACAAUGAAUUUAAGGGAGUUACAUGUUGAAUGUGAAAUUUUCGGGUUAGUAAUAAAGCAGUUUCUACUAAGGAGAGUGGGCAUUCAACUGAACAGAUAACGCAACACCUGCAAGCAGCUCAGCCUGAGGCAGAUCGGCUGUUCCGAAUGCUCUCGUGCAGUACCAAGUUUUGGGGUGUGUUUGUCUCUCUCCAUGUAGUUAACACAGUUUCUGGGCCUGCUCUUAGAGGGAGGCUAUCAUCAAAAUUUGUUUUAAGCAUAAAAUUGUAGCAUUUAUAUUUCAUUUAUUUUAGUAAAGUUCAAAAAUCUGUACUGAAACAAGGAAAUGGUACGCUUUAUGGUAUAUUUAUAUAUAUAAAAAUUAAAACAAAAAAAAAAAAAGAUCAGCUCUGAGAAAAAUGUUGAAUGUUUAUCUUUUCGCCUAGAUGCAGGAGUUCUGAAAUUUGCUGCUGCAAAAUUUUAUCCUUUGGUCAGAGUUGCUGCAUUCACAGCUAGUUUGCCUAUGUGGGAUUGCUUAGCAGCUUUACAAGCACUGCUGCAACAGAAAAGCUUUAGUGACAGGAGGCAUUAUGCUGACUAAAUUGGAGUUAAUCUGUCGUUAGCUAAAGUCUGCUCUGUGAUCCUGUUGGUGAGGUAUCCGUGUAGGCAGUGCACAGUGUUGGGAACGAGUGAGCUUGUUAGAGUAACCUCUGCCUGAGCGGCAAGGUUGGCACUGUGUCAAGUGACCUUGCAGUUGCUAAUCCCCAAGUAGCCUUAAUUUAAAAUAAACUAAGUAAAAUAAGUCUGCUUUGCAGAUGAGGAUUAGCUAAGCAUUAAUUAGAACUCAUGGAAAAGUAGCUGAGUUAUGGAUCAUUUUUUGCUGAACGCUAGCUAGCAUGCACAAAAAUAAGAGAUAAGGUAUCCUGGACUUAAUUUUUCAAUACCAUUUGCUUUACCAGGUUUAAUAUGCAAAGCAUAGUAAAUCUUUGAUUUACUUUUAAUUUAGAUAAAAUUCCUAAGCAGUUGUACUAAAAUUAUUAUCAGUGGCUAAGCGCACUCGAUAAAUACUUUUAGGCGCACACUUGUGUCUCAAACAAUCACAGAGAGUUAUCUAUGACAUAUUCCUGCAAAAUUCAUUAAAAUACUGGGCAGAGGCAUGUGUGGGUAUAUGUGAAAGUGAGAAAGUAAAAGAGGCCCAAAUGCAGACGCAUAGACACAAACAGAUUUCAGCACUUCGUGCUGGUACCUGUUACAAACACCACUGGCAAGUUUUGCAUCAUUUCUUCCAGUUGAUGGAGUGUUUCUUAUUUAUUUCUUCCUAAUCUUCAUUAGACAUCUUGCGUGCAAAUCUAUGCCUUCAAAGAAAAGCACAUGCCUACCUUCCUCAAGACAACUUCUAGUUUUCCCCAGAGAGGUUCUGUAUCCAUCACCUCAUGCAUAUUCAAAGCCAUGUUCUCUCUUUAGUGCUUCAAGGGUUGUUUUUCAGUAGGACGAACCUGGCUAGGUUGCUGUGAAUUGCUCCAUGAAGGUCAGUGGACAUACACUGAUUAACACCUGCUUCGUCAGAUAGAAACAAUCGGUCCUGCUGCACCAGCCGCUUCCUGGGAUGCUCUAUCACCACCACUACACAGGGGCAAUUAAGUGAUGUGUUAGAGCAGUCCUCACGUCUACUUAAACGCAUUGAAAUUCUAAUCUCUUUGUUCAGUGCGGGCCUCCAAGAUCAAAAGCAUCCCAGUAAAAGACAUCUACUGAAAAUGAAUUUGGAUACCUUCUACACUUCCAUCUUUUUUUUUAAUAUUGUGGAAGCAGCUGUGUUUAUCUGAAACUAUUAAAAUUCUACCCUUUAUUUAAGCAACUGCAUUACAUCUCUUUCUAGUUUUAUAAAAUAUUUCUGGCCCAGAACCAAAUCUCCCAGUUUGUUUUAGCUCAGUAGUUCUGGGCUUUUUGGGCCAGGCUUGCCUCGUGUGUUAAUACUUUACAGCACAUAUUUGAAAACACAACCUGUGAUAUGACCCCCGGCCAGUGGAGAUGUAAUUCUUUCCACAGUUCACAAAAUCUGGAAGAAUAAGAAUUAGCCUACAGCUGCAGAGGACGUAACUGGAGAUAAGAAUAUUGUAUAAACAUUUACAGAGUGAGCUAAGGUUAUUCUUUACCUACCUACCACUGAUGAUUGGUAUUGUUUUAAAUUAUUAACUGACCCUCUCUAUCUCUACAAAAAUAUACUCUCCAUGUACUUUGAAAGCAACCCAUAACUGAAUUGGUUAUAUGAACAUCUGCAGAUCUCAGAUCAGGGAAACAGUAGUGGUAUGCAGUGUGUUGGAUUAGAAUUACUGUUUUGCUACUGUUAUCAUUUACCGUCAUAAUAGCCUUCGUAAGUCUUUUGAAAACAGAAUGACCUAUCCUGUAUUAAAUAACAAAGUAAGUUAAACAUUUUCAAGAGAUCUAUUAGAAAUAUCCCCACACAUGAAAGAUAGUAGGGAAUAUAUGCUGUUUCCUAUCACAUCUCAAUGCUGUAGAUCUGUUCUCCAGUCAUAUUUGCAUGUGCAAGAGGUAACCUUGACUCAUAUGUUAAAUAAAUAGAACGAGUAUGUCCAGCAUAUACAUGUAAUUGGUAGAAAUGACGGUCCUGUUUGUAGAGCAUUCCCAGCCAGCUUACCAGGCUGAUCUAGGCUCUGGGACUGAAGAUGUGAGUUGAGGACUACGGCUUAUGCUGUCUGCAAGAGCCUGUCUUGGUUUUACUGUCCUCUGGGACUGGAAACAGGGAACACAAGCUUUGUAAAAUCAACAUGUAUGUGCUUUUGUGAGCACUUAGGGUUUGAAAGGGACUGAAGGAAGAUCAAUAUCUCAGCAUUAUUUGAAUCUCUGUGUGUUCAAGUAGUGAAUGUUUCUGAGGUAAACGGAGUUGUGCUGUUCCUCUUGCUGUAGUUAGGCAUUUUUAAGAUUUUUACCUUGCAGUUGAGGCAGUUCAUCCUUCAUUGUCCUCUGUUGCAAUGAAUAAGCUGUAAGUGCAUAACAGGAAGAGGUCUAAAUGCAGAAGUAGUGUGUACUGGCACAACGAAUGUUCAUACACCACCAAAUUGCCACAGCUUCAUAAAUUGCUCCCCCCCACCCCCCCGCCAAGAGCUGUGCCACAGGAAUUUUCUGUAUGUGCUCUUCUAGCUCAUGGCAAACAUGAAGUAACAUGGCUUAGUUUAAUUUUCUUUCGCCAUAGGUUAGGCUAAGUCGCAUUACCUUGCAUUCGCUGUGGGCUGAAAGCAUGUACAGGGAGAGAUACCACAGCUCAGCUGACUCCUGGAAACUUGAUGAACUGUGGUAACUCAAUCUUGAGUCCUAAUCCGCAAACUAAACUGAGAUGGGAACUUCACCGUGACUGUAGGUCUCUCUGUACAUGUAAAGCAGGGAACACAGUGGCAGCGGCAGGCUCGCUGGGAGCGUGCCGUUGUGGAGAGGGGAUUCCUUACAUCAGAGCUAGUGCCCUCAGCUGUGAGCAGUCUCCCCUUUUCUAAAAAGCUAUCGUGUUUUUAAUAGCACUGAUGAAGAUGCAACACCACAGCAAUAUAGCACAAUCAGGAUGGAGGAGACAUCCUUGAUGGUCCUAAGAGUUUCCCUUUGAAGCUUGGUGUACUAACACCAAGUGAAACAUGUGGAAGGGGAGGGUCGGGCCAAGACCUCUCCCAAAAUCUCACUAUAGCAGCACCUUCUGUUGUCUUUCCAACAGUACUUAUUUGGUUUUCUGUGGCAAGAUGGUCUUUGGGCUCAGGAAUUAGGUGUCAGGCAACUGGUGCAAGACCAGGGGAGCAGAGUAUUUUACUUGCCAUUUGUACAAGUAUUUGGAUGCAUUCUUUGCUCUGUAUCUUACUGGAUAUGAUCUCAUGUAGCAGUCUGAAAGCAGGAGAAGCCAGUUUCCUUGGCAUCAUGGCCAGGAAAUGUGCUUGGAAGCAUAAAGAAACUUGGCAAGCUUCAGACAGUCAGGCAGUGCUCAGAGCUGAAUGGCAGAGUUUUCCAUUGACUGUACCAGAGAGAUAGGAUACGCAGCAGAGGGAAAUCAGACCCAUGGUAGGAUGUGAGACAGGACUGUAACAAAAAUGGCACCUUCUAGGUGAGCAACUCUGUGUUCUGCACAUCCGGCGUCAGGCAUACUGACAAAAUACGCUUUAAAUACUCACCUUUAGCAUGAGUGUGCUGCUGGAGAACGACAAUAACUCUGUCCCUUCUUACACAUAAGCAACAGAGCUGUUUGGUGUGUCCCUGUUAGAAGUCGAACAAAUGGGUGGCAGGAGGACCGGAUGGCAUUUCCUAAGCAUAACUGAGGGCAAAAUUUUGCCUGCAGGAACUUUCUUCCUGGUCAUAGUAGACAAGAAGGAAAAAAAUCUAUCUGACUCUCAAAGCCUCAACGUCAUUUUUCAGGCUGCUGAAGGCAAAAAGAUCUUCACCUGCAAACUGAGUAUGUUUGAUGUAAAAUGAGUGUGAGCCACUUACAACACAGAACCCCAUGUUGACCAUUUUACAGCAACUUUUUAAGAUACGAAUAGGAUGUUAGGCAGGAGAAGAGCUAUGCUUUAAGCACAUAGAGAAAAAAAAGAACUAGGGUUUGUAAAUUGAUAUGAAAAGCAGUCACGCUAGAAACUGGGACCACCGUAGGAGAGGUCUGGACAUGACAUUCAGAGCAGUAGGGUGAUCAACCAGCUGCAAAGUGAAUCUUCUAGUCCCUUCCAGAAACCAUCUCUAGCUACUUGAGUGUCUCAGUUAGCAACAUCCCUUAUUCCAGUUUGGCUUUUGCUACUGUUGGUUCUGAAUUAUCCACACUAAAAUAGAAAUUGUUUUGGGGCUGGGAAUUUUCAAGUAUAAGAUGUACAGACUUUUCAGAUAUACUCUGCGUAUCUUUAGAAAUAAUAGCCAGAAAGUGUAGGUGUGAGGGUUUGGGGGUGUGGGGGGUACAGGUUUAAUUUCCUCUUUGCUCCCACAGGUCAUAGUGUUAUUUUAACCUGUAUAGUUGAGAUUAAUAUAUCACUUGUAAAAUGCUGACUAAUGCACAAUAAACAAGGCAAAAAAAAAAAAAGAGCUUGGGUUGUAGUGAACAAUAUGAAAAGGUUAGAGAAAUGAAAAACUGUAAUUCACAUCACUGCCUUUAGACAGAAAUCUGAAUUCACAAGGUGAAAGUCACCCUUAGCAAUAGUCAGUGCAGAAUAGCUCCUUUGCACUUCAGUCCAUAUGACUUCCUGGGCUGUUUUGCCCCUACCCCUGUCCCAGCAAAGUCAUGAUGUGCUAAGGCUGGGAACUCAGUGUCCUUCCACAAAGAUUCUCGUUUGAUCUUUUUUCAGUCUGCUGAGCUCUUCCCCGGUUCUGAAGCACGCGAUGGCCACCCUCUCCGCUGUGUUCACUUACUGUGCAGUUCAGACUUGUCUUAGGUCUUCCCCUCUUGCCCUGAUAUUAUACCAAAGACGCUCUCACUUUCCCAGGGCAGGCACUCAGGGUGUCAGGCCGUCAGAGGCUUUCUACCAUCUUCCAGUAGCCAUCCGUACCCCUUCUCUCUGAAUGAAUAACAAGCACAAGCCCUUGACAUCUGGAGGAGCCAGGCUUGGUGCUCUUAUGUGGAAUAGCUUCUGAUUUGGUUCUCAGCCUUUGGCCCCUGGUGUGUACCUUGCCAACCACACUAUUUAUAUACUAUUAUGAAGUAAUGGUAGUAUUAAACAUUUCAAGAACACACUAAACUUCUGGAACAAUGUGGUUUUCAUUAUCAUUUAUGCGUUUGUUGAUCCACCACGGACUGAACCCGACCAGUGUUUGCUUGCCGCUCCCAUGGUUUAUUCCAUAGAGAACUGAUUUCUUCCAGGCAGGAACAGUGUCUUCCUAUGCGUCAGCAUUCAGCGCGCAGUGUCCCGGUGCUGCCCGGAGCGGCCAGCUGCUACAGUCCAGGAGACGCUCUGGCGCAGCAAUGUCAGGCUGAUACUCUUCCAGCCAUCCGUCAAAAGCAUGUGUGAAGGGGGUGGUCUCUGGUUUUCUCUGUCAUUCAACAAGUAUUCAACAGUAUUCAGGGUUGGCCUCACACUCCCCCACUGAACUGGAUGACAAUGAUUAGUGAACCCACCUGAGAAAAUCCUCUUAAAUCCUAAGCUUUGUUUCUUCUGCUAAUUGACUGCACGCAGAGGGAGGAUUAAUGGAUCCUACACACUCAUCUGGGAGAGAAUUUGGAGUUCCCUGACACACCACCUUUUUAUCUCCUGUUAUUAGCUUAUUCCUGUUUCCAGGGCAGCCAAACAGUUUUUCUUAGUAUGUGGAAUAAAAAAAAAAAAAAAGAAAGAAAACAGAAUCUCAAUCUGAUAAAGAUCUAAGGAAGCCUAUUAAAGACAUGAUGCUUCGUAUUAGUCAUUUGAAUGCUUUAGAAGAUCAUAUUUCAUUGUUUUUUUUUCUGUCUGACUUCCUUAUUCAUGUUUUAGCUGUGUUCUUGAUUUUUUCUUUGGCUCCUCUUGGAUUCAGUCCUGCUGAUCUGUUAGGUUGUAUACUAGCAAAGCCCCAAGGAUCCCAAGAGCAGAUUUGCCUGAGCAACUACUCUAGAGGUGGCCUCACUGUGCCUAGUAAAAACAAAGUGCUUCGUUAAGUUGGGGAUCGUAUUUGUCCACACAUUUCCUGUAAGGGGAAUCUUGGAUUGUUUCAAUAUGCUUAUUUCUUCCACUUGUUCACUUCAACUUCAUCUGAGAGGUCUUACAUUUGACAUUUGUACAUUCAGUUCUAUUUUCUCUUGAACUAGAGGUGACUAAUAUUUGCCUCUUUUGAAAGAAGUACUUGAUAUUUUUUGAUUUUUGAAUGUUGCCCAGUAGGUGACAUGAUAGAUGCAGAAGAAAAUAGUUAUAGACUUGUCUGUGUAAAUUGGGACAAAUACUUUAGAUGCUGUAGAGACUAAUAAAUUGGAAUACACUAUGGCCAAAAGCUGAAUGGGCUUUAAGGACCCAGUUCUCCUUGAAGUCCAUGAUGACUCCACAGAGAUUAUUCUCUUCUGUGUUCCCCCAUGCCGUUUCUACAUCGCAGAGUAGAUAUCUAAUGUAAUUUUUAACAAGCUACCAGGGGCAGACUAAGUGCAGCAGCAUGGAGUUCAACAUAUCCUGUGUCUUGGCAAAGUUAGAUACCUCUCUAGAUCAAUGCUUUUUAAGCAAGCCUACAUAUCCUAAGAAAGACUUUUACAACUCAGAAAGGAGAGGGACAAAUAUUAAUUAAAUGAAUUUGGUCCAUAUAGCUUUUCUAUGGCUGUCUAGAAUUGUUAGUGUCCUGCGUGUCCUGUAGCAAUUGUGACGUGUUAAUUUUCUCCCCAGUUCUGCUGUAAACUCACAUGGUGAUAUUCUGAGUCUCCAGCCAGGUCUUAGCCAGGCAAAACCCACUGGAAAUGUCAUCUAAGGGUGAUUUGCCUUCAGAAAGACUGAGGGCAGCUCUCGGGAUAUGUCUCCGUGCUGUUGCAUGCUUUAGGAAUGUGUGCCUGCAGUGUGAUGUGUUAAAUCCCACCGGAAGAUAAAAGUAGAUGAUCAACUCGAAGAGGAGACAGCGAAUCUGGUGGAGAGUUGUGUAUGUGUUUUGUGCCCUUCAGCACGCACAUCAUCUCCCCUCCUAUCAACUUUCAAUUAGGACCUUCUUUGAACUCUUAGUGUCCGAGUAAAGUUUUCUUAUGCUGAUAAUGUAUUUGUAUUAUGCAACUUACUCCGAAAAAAAACCCCAGAAGAUUAUCUCUUGAUGACUGUCCUCUCCUCUCGAGAAGCUGUUCUCUUCUGUACAUAGGAUAUGCAGAAUGUAUGGAAGUCUUACCAGCGUUGGUUUGCAUUUUAAAGACUGUACUAAUUAAUGUGUUAAUUAUUGUGUUUUCGUAGUGGCAUCUUUGAUGUAAGAUGUAAAAACUAUUUAAAAUGAUUUUUUUUGUUAUUGCUCAGCUUAUAGAGAUAGCACAAAGAAAUGCAUGUUCACUAGAAUCAGCCUUUUUAAAGACUGUCAUAGCUGCACACAGAUGCCGUCGUUUUACAUAGAGUAUAACACCUGCAUUCUUGUUUCAACAGGGGUCAGUUUUGAGCGGAAACUAGUUCUUCCCCAAAAGUCUAUUUUUCUGCCUUUUUCUCUGACGGAUUCCAGCUUUUUGAUUACACAGUGUGUGCCAGACCCCAUACAGCAGGCUGCAGUCGGGGUUACAAGCAACCAGGACAGGGCAAGGGCUCCCGUGACUCAGGUCAUUUGCCCUGCCUUGAGUUUGCAUGGGGGAACCGCGAAGACGGGGCCUCGGCUGCCUCCCCGGCUCCGGCAGGCUGCCGGGACCGCACCGGCAAGCUUGUUCAUCCUUAGUCUCACUCGUGUGCAUGCUCUGUCCCCUUUGAGGCUAUCAUCGGCUGCAUCAGGACAAAACUGAUGGGUUUACAUUUCAAGACUGCUUGUGUAAGUGACUUUAAAAUUAAUCGACUAAAAUUUAGAAGUAAUUGCACAUUAAUAAUUAAGGGAAAAAAAAGCCUGAGCUGCAAGUUUGGGGUUAGAAUCUUAUUGGGGUGCUUAAUGUAGGGAGAAUUUGAGGUCAGCCAGUAAAAAACAGGACCACUUGGGAAGUUUAGCUCUACGUUUCUCGCAAGGUUUGGAGAGAGGCUGGAGAGAGAAGAGUGGUUUGGCUCCUGCCUUUCAGGUAGCCUAGACGCACUCAUGGCGAGAUGUCUCCCAACUGCGUCUUGGGCCAAAAGACAGGACAUGCUGCAGCUUAUGACUUUUUUUUUUUUUUUUUUUCUUUUCUGCUUUUUUUUUCCUUCUUAAGGAGAAAGCAGUUCAAACUGCACCUAGCAAAAUGACUGACUUCAAAAGCAUGUUUUUCCUUGUUAUAUAGACACUCACCAAACAUCAUUGUGUGAUUAAAAAGACGCAUUUGUGAUAGUUUUCUUCAGUGCCAAAAUAUAUAAGCAGUAUUGUUUGAAGGGAAAUAAGAAUUUUUUUACUGUAUUGUUAUUACUGUUGAACAAAUAUUGUUUUUAAAUGUUAGAUUUUGAAGAAUUUUGUAUUGUAAACUGUUUUGUGACAUGGUGCUUUUUCAUACUGGAAUUACUGAUUGCACCUAAAUAUGAACUAUUUUGUUUUCUUUUCUUAUAUGUAACCUUGAACAACCUUGAUGAAAACCAAUGUACGGUGGACACCGACGGUUCAAACAAAUUCUCCUACUGAAAUCCCCUAAAUGUUCUUUCCUACUAAUAAAUAUUCUGCUGCAGCUA